AUGAACCACGGCGUAUAUGAGCAAGCGGAAGGGAUGUUUGCGAUGGGCGAGGAGACGAUCGCUCUUACCCUCGAGGAGAAGCUCCUCUUUGAGCAGGGAGACGGUAGGCCAUGGGGUUUCAUUCGGACGACAAAGGCACGCGUGACGUCUCCGAGUUUGUCAACAUCUUCAUUGUCCAAGGACAACGCGCUCGCCUGGCCGGCCGUUGCGCGCCGCACGUACCCCUCCGCUGUCAACGGGCGGAUGGAGUCCACCAUCACGCCGUUCGUGAAGUCGCCGCUCGUGAUCAACCACCACCUCAAGGACAGACUCGGGCUCGCGGGCGGGUCCGCGUCUCUACACAAGGUCGACGAGUUCAGCGGAUGCACGGCGCGGUUCAUCGGGGCGCCGUCGUAUAUUGGGCCGGAGGAGACGACAUUCCUGACGGUGCACACGGACUUUGGGUCCUUGUCGUUCCUGCACAACCGCCUCGGCGGCUUGCAGGUGCUCCCGCCCGGGUCCGACCAGUGGUUCUACGUUCAGCCACUGCCCAGACACGCGAUCUGCAACAUCGGCGACACCCUCAACAUCUUCUCUGGCGGCACCCUGCGCUCCAACAUCCAUCGCGUCGUCCCGCCUCAGCGGAAGAAGGCCCACGAACGCCACUCGGUUGUGUUCUUCACCCGCCCGAACGACGACCUCGAGCCGCGCACGCGGUCUGCGCACAACGAGCGCAUCGCUAUAGCGGUCGCGAACGCGCCCUCGAGGAAGUACACCCCUGGCAUGACGGCGAUGGAGUGGCUUGUGAGGAAGGCCAAGUCGCAGCGGGUGACAAACCACAAGUACGCGGACGUGGCGCCUAUUCCCAACCACGCGAUCUGCAACAUCGGAGAUGCGCUGACAAUCUUCAGUGGUGUCCUUCUCAGGUCCAACCUCCACCGCGUCGUACCUCCUGGAGAACAGCUGGCGCACUGCGAGCGAUACUCCCUCGUCUACUUCACUCCACCCGGAGACAGCGUCCAGACGGCCCCGCCCGCAGAUCAAAGCGCGAUCAUUGCCGACUCUGCGGUGAAGAGCACGCACGUCAACAACCAGAAGGGAACGUACGGCGAUGUUUGGAACGCUGCCCGCGAGCCUCACCUAGCUUAA